AGACGGGCUGCAAAGAUGGCCUUGCACCCACAGGCUGGAAGACCUCAUGGCCAUCACAGAGAUGGAAGUGAGCCACAAGCUGAAGCCACAGCCCAGGACAUGGGGAGGCGUCCUUCCCCAGGCAGGGUGGGACCAGCUGUCUGCCCCAUCCGAGGGUUGAGAUCUCAGGCUGCUCGAAGACCCCGAAGGGGUGUAGGGACAACAUCUUCCUCAAGGGUUCCUCGUUCUGGUGCCCUCAUGCCUGCAACUCACAGUCGUACAAGAUUCAUCCACUGCCGGGGUCAGCCCCCUCGGGCCCAUGUCAGCUCCAAGAGACCCAAACGAUCCAGGAUCCGUCGAUGCCACCCUCAGGUGCCAGGCUGGACCCAUGAGAAACGGAUGGGGAGCAGUGUCGAGGAGGGGCUCCGGCCUGAGCUAAGUCAGCUGGACCAAGAUGCAGACCUCCUAGAGGAAGAAGAAGCUGCCAGAAUACCUGUGACCUCCCUGGAGGGGCUCUUUCUGGAAGGGGACAAGCAGCCCAAUUCUGGUCAGGGCCCUUUCUUUUACAUCGGAGGCACCAAUGGAGCAUCAAUAAUCAGCAACUACUGUGAGAGCAAGGGCUGGCAACGCACUCAAGACAGUCGCUGUGAGGACUGCAAGCUAAAGUGGUGUGAGAUCAAGUGCAGAGACAACUACUGCAACUUCCGGGAAGGCCAGCAGUUGCUGUUCCAGCUCCCCAACAAUAAGCUGCUCACUACCAAGAUCGGGUUGCUCAGUGCCCUGCGGGAGCAUGCACGAACUUUGAGUAAAGCCAGGCUGCUGCCCAGUACCCAAACCAAGGUCCUGAAAAUGGAAGAGUUUUUUCCAGAGACCUAUCGGCUGGACAUCAGGGACGAGAGACAGGCUUUCUUCACUCUAUUUGAUGAAACCCAGAUAUGGAUCUGCAAGCCCACGGCCUCCAACCAGGGAAAGGGCAUCUUUCUGAUCAGGAGCCAGGAGGAGGUUGCUGCCCUGCAGGCCAAGACCCAGAGCAUUGAGGACGACCCCAUCUACCGCAAGAUGCCCUUCCGUGCACCUCAGGCGCGGGUGGUGCAGAGAUAUGUCCAGAACCCGCUGCUGCUAGAUGGGAAGAAGUUUGAUGUACGCUCCUACCUGCUCAUUGCCUGUGCCAUGCCCUACAUGGUCUUUUUUGGCCAUGGCUAUGCCCGCCUCACCCUCAGCCUGUAUGACCCUCAUUCCAGUGACCUCAGCGGUCACUUGACCAAUCAGUUCAUGCAGAAGAAGAGUCCCCUGUACAUGCUGCUGAAAGAGAGCACUGUGUGGAGCAUGGAGCACCUCAACCGAUACAUCAAUGACAAGUUUAGGAAGACCAAGGGCCUUCCCAGAGAUUGGGUCUUCACCACCUUCACGAAGCGGAUGCAGCAGAUCAUGGCCCACUGCUUCCUGGCUGUCAAGUCCAAGCUGGAGUGCAAGCUGGGUUACUUUGAUCUCAUUGGCUGUGAUUUCCUGAUUGAUGAGAACUUCAAGGUGUGGCUGCUGGAGAUGAACUCCAACCCUGCCCUACAUACCAACUGUGAAGUCCUGAAGGAGGUGAUCCCUGGAGUGGUUAUGGAGACCUUGGAUCUAGCUCUUGAGACCUGCCAAAAGAGCUUGCAUAGUCAGAAGAUGCUGCCUCUGCUGUCACAGCGUCGCUUUGUGCUCCUUUACAACGGCGAGACCACGGACCUGUGGCCGCGCUUGGGAGGCUCGCGCCCCCUUGCCCGCCUGCCUCCGCCGCCGCCGCCGCCGCCGCCUCCCCGGCCCACCUGUGAGGUCGCACCCUCUGCACUGUCCUCAGUACGUGCCGCUGCAGACCGGCCUGGCGCACGCAAGCCCGUGCCUUCCAGGGACGCUCCCAUAUGCGCUUUCCGCAAAUCGCGGCUGCCUGACUCCAGCGGAGGAUCCGGAGCGGAGUCUGAGCCCUCUCUCUGUUCUGGGUCCCCAGAAGGCAGCAGGGACGCGGUUGGGGAGCCCUCCCUGGGGCAGCCCGAAGAAGAACGCGAGGAGGAACAGAGGAGCGCUAGCCACCGGGGCUCCUAGCCACCACAAGCAUCCAGAUCCCCUGCUCACGGCUGUGCCCUCUCCGGGACCUA